UUCAAGGAUUUGAGGCUGGAGAUGGAGGAGGGGAAUACGUUAGUCCUGCAGAGACAACAGCGAGGACAGUGAGGGGUGUCAAAACUCAAAUCGACAAACACAUCUUGUCUGGAUCAUGAGGAGCACGUUCAUCCAAGCGACGGUGUGUUUCGGAGCACAUGGAACUUCUGGGUCUGGUAACCUUUGUGGUGUCAAUCCACAAAGAUUCCUUUGCAUGACUGCAGCAGGGACAGUCGUAGAUGGAAAGUCAGAGAGCAGAAAAGUAGUUGACAGUGCAGGAAUGAGAAAGAGAGCCGUGGAUGGACGAGUGAGGAACUUUGAGGAGAUCCCUCACACAGGUAGGAGCGGCUUGGUUAACUUGGUGAAGUUCUGGAGAGAAGAUAUUUUCCGGCAGCUCCACAAGCACAUGGAAAAGACCUUCAAUGCCCUGGGCCCCAUUUACAGGGAGAAGGUGGGCACCCUCAACAGUGUGAACAUCAUGUUGCCGUCUGACAUUAGCGAACUGUUUCGCUCGGAGGGCCUGCACCCUCGACGCAUGACCCUUCAGCCAUGGGCAACACACAGAGAGACGCGCCAGCACAGCAAGGGAGUCUUCCUCAAGAACGGUGAAGAGUGGCGGGCUGACCGUCUACUGCUCAACAAGGAGGUGAUGAUGACUGCAGCCGUGAAGCGCUUUCUCCCUCUGCUUGAUGAGGUGGCGAGUGAUUUCUGCCGAAUGCUGCGGGCAAGAGUGGAGAGGGAGGGGAGAGGCGAGGAGGGGAAGCGCAGUCUGACAAUGGAUCCCAGUCCUGACCUGUUCCGCUUUGCAUUGGAAGCCAGUUGUCAUGUGAUCUACGGGGAGCGUAUAGGCCUCUUUUCCUCGACUCCCUCGAUGGAAUCACAGAAGUUCAUAUGGGCUGUGGAGCGAAUGCUGGCAACUACCCCACCUCUCCUCUACCUGCCCCCUCGCCUGCUGCACCGUAUCGGCGCUCCCCUGUGGACACAGCAUGCCAGUGCAUGGGACCACAUCUUCAGCCACGCGGAAGCGAGGAUCCAGAGGGGGUACCAGCGGCUGUCAUCCUCGCAGAGAAGAGAGUCUGAGGCUGGAGCAGCUACAGGCCAGUACACCGGGGUUCUGGGACAGCUCCUGGAGAAAGGGCAGCUAUCUUUGGACCUCAUCAAAGCCAACAUCACUGAACUGAUGGCUGGAGGAGUUGACACGACAGCAGUACCCCUGCAGUUUGCACUGUUUGAGCUUGGUCGAAACCCAGAGGUGCAGGAGAGGGUGAGGCAGCAGGUGAGGGCGUCAUGGGCACAGGCAGGAGGUGAUCCUCAAAAGGCCCUGCAGGGGGUGCCACUACUGAAAGGCACAAUCAAAGAGAUUCUGAGGUUAUAUCCAGUUGGAACCACAGUGCAGAGAUAUCCUGUCAAAGAUAUUGUUCUUCAAAAUUACCACAUACCUGCUGGGACGAUGGUCCAGGCCUGUCUGUAUCCUUUGGGAAGGAGUGCAGAGGUGUUUGAGGAUCCACAGUGUUUCAACCCUGGCCGGUGGGGCAGCAGCAGAGAGGAAGGCCAGGGCAUGGAGGGGUCGGGGUUCCGCUCCCUGGCAUUCGGGUUUGGGGCAAGACAGUGUGUCGGACGGAGGAUUGCUGAGAAUGAGAUGCAGCUCUUGCUCAUGCAUAUCCUGCUGAGCUUCCAUCUCAGCAUGUCGUCCUCAGAGGACAUCAAAACCACAUGCACCCUCAUCCUCCAGCCUGAGACGCCACCAAGGAUCACAUUCAGAAAGCUCUGAUGCGCAAGCACACAGACCCACACAAGGAGAAGGGAUUCAUGAAAUCACCAUUUGGCAUGUUUAAUCCCAGCACUCGGCUUCUAUUUAUCUCACACACACAUAACCACCAGAUCUCUGAAGAUGCUCACUGCAGCAAAUACUGUGCUUUUCUCUUUUCUUCACCCUUACACAUUUUUCACUCAUCCCAAUAAUUCAUAAAGCUGAUCAAUAAAGUAUAAUUUCCUCCC